CAUUUUCCUGCCAAAAAUAAAAUAUUUUACUUUUAGGAGUUGAAGUGAUAAUAUAAGUUAAUGGUAACUCUCUGGUCGACUUUUUUUGGUGCAGUAAUAUUCUCUCAAAAAAUGAGCUUCAAUUACUCAAAUCUGAUCUGGGUUUUGCUUAAAUCCUGUUAAAUCAGAGAUCCUGUCUGGUUCCAUUUUCAGUGAUUCUCAUCUCUUUGUCCCCCUGUUCGUAUGCAAAGUUGAAUUCUUUAUCAUCUGAUUUUUCUUAAAGCAUCCCAUAAAUCUCAAUUCCCGAAUUUGGUUUUUUUACAACAAAAUCAACUUUGUAUACCCUUUCUCUGAUCUGGAUUCAACUAGACUGCAAAAAUGGGUGGUUGUUUCAGCAAGAAAAAGGUUUCAGAAACAGAUCUUAAUGGUGGGUAUAGAUCAGGAAUAGGCACUGGUACUACUGGGUAUCAACAAAAUUACCAACAACCAGUUGUUCGGAGUCAUCAAAAACCAUCAACCCAGUACAAUCAACCCCAACCAAACAGGCCUAAUCAGCCACAACCACCAAUCUCAUCUUCAUAUCAGCCACACCCACCAAUCUCAUCAUCUCCAUUGAAAACUGUACCCCCAAAUGCCAACACCAUAUUGGGUAAGCCAUUUGAAGACGUCAAGUCACGCUACACUCUUGGGAAAGAACUGGGUAGGGGUCAAUUUGGAGUGACUUAUCUCUGUACUGAGAUUUCAACUGGUCACACCUAUGCUUGCAAGUCAAUACUGAAAAGGAAACUUGUCACUAAAAGUGACAAGGAUGAUAUUAAGAGAGAGUUUCAGAUUAUGCAGCAUUUGAGUGGGCAGCCAAACAUUGUGGAAUUUAAAGGUUGUUAUGAGGAUAGGCAAUCUGUGCACCUUGUGAUGGAGCUUUGUGCCGGUGGGGAGCUCUUUGAUCGGAUAAUUGCUCGGGGUCAUUAUUCCGAGAGGGCUGCCUCAUCAAUUUGCAGGUCCAUUGUGAAUGUUGUGCACAUCUGCCAUUUUAUGGGUGUGAUGCAUCGGGACCUCAAGCCAGAGAAUUUCUUGCUGUCCAGUAAAGAUGAAGGAGCAAUGUUGAAGGCAACCGAUUUUGGGCUGUCCGUCUUCAUAGAAGAAGGGAAGGUGUACCGUGAUAUAGUUGGCAGUGCUUACUAUGUUGCCCCUGAAGUAUUGCAGCGUAGUUAUGGAAAGGAAAUAGAUAUUUGGAGUGCUGGAGUUAUUUUGUAUAUUCUACUCAGUGGUGUGCCUCCAUUUUGGGCUGAAACUGAAAAAGGAAUAUUUGACGCCAUACGGAAAGAUGAUAUUGAUUUUGAAAGCCAACCUUGGCCAUCAAUAUCGGACAGUGCCAAAGACCUAGUUCGAAAUAUGUUGACACGGGACCCAAGGAAGAGGAUUACUUCGGCACAAGUUCUUGAGCACCCAUGGAUAAAAGAAGGUGGGGAAGCAUCCGAUAAACCAAUAGAUAGUGCAGUGCUCUCUAGAAUGAAGCAAUUCAGAGCAAUGAACAAACUGAAGAAACUUGCUUUGAAGGUCAUUGCAGAGAAUCUAUCUGAGGAAGAAAUCAAAGGUCUUAAAGCAAUGUUCACAAACAUGGACACAGACAAGAGUGGCACAAUCACUUACGAAGAAUUAAGGACAGGAUUGGCUCGGCUUGGGUCAAAGCUAUCAGAGGCUGAAGUCCAGCAACUCAUGGAAGCUGCUGACGUGGAUGGAAAUGGAACGAUUGACUACAUUGAAUUCAUUACUGCGACAAUGCAUAGACACAAACUAGAAAGAGAUGAGCAUCUAUUUAAAGCAUUUCGGUAUUUUGACAAGGAUAACAGCGGCUUUAUUACAAGAGAUGAACUGGAAAUUGCCAUGAAGGAGUAUGGAAUGGGUGAUGAAGACACUAUCAGGGAAAUAAUUUCAGAGGUGGAUACGGAUAAUGAUGGGAGGAUCAAUUAUGAGGAGUUCUGCGCAAUGAUGAGAAGUGGAACAAAACAGCCAGGAAAGCUCUUUUAGUUUCAUUGAUGCACUAAUCCCUUGGAUGUAGUGUUCCAUUCCAUCAGUCUCAGUUCUGGUAGAAUGACCAACAGCGAUUUCCGGGUUCACAUGAGUCGUACCACUUCACCAGGUAGCAUGAGGAUACCAUUGUUCUGGUUGGUGUUCCUUAACAUCCUUUGGCAUUUCAACCUCAAAAAAUUGCGAGUAGAGUAGGCCAGACUACUAGUUUAAAAUUUUGUGAGCGCUUGGGAUGGUAGUGAAGUGUGUGCGAGUUUGUGCAUAUCCAGUUUCAUAAUUAUCUUUAUUCUCCAAUGUGACAAUGUCUCUUACCAAUCCUUGUUGAGUAGGUAUGCGAAUUUCAUGCGGUUGUCAAUACAUGAGUUGAAGUUUAUGUUGUAAAAUAAGGGUAUUUAGACAUCGGAGUAAGAAAGUUAGUGGUUGUGAAAAUUAAUAAAAUGCCAUAGCAGCUUGUGCAGAACUAUUGUUUGCUA